GACUGUUGACUGAAUCCUUAUCCAUAGGUUCCAGCCCAGGCCGUAAUCAUAGAAAAAAAACCCGAUGCGUUUAAGCUCUAGCUCUCUUCGAAAAAUCAAGGUUAUUUUUUUUAAUCUUCUCUUUUCUUCACCUCCCUCUUGAAUUUCAUUGGAAAGAGAAAUGCCUAGGUAUGAUGACCGCCGCGGUAGUGGUACACGCCUUUAUGUUGGUCACUUGUCUUCGAGGACAAGGUCACGUGAUCUUGAGGACAUGUUUAGCAGAUAUGGGAGAAUACGUGAUGUGGAUAUGAAGCGCGACUAUGCAUUCGUUGAAUUCAGUGACCCUAGAGAUGCUGAUGAUGCAAGAUAUUCAUUGAAUGGUAGAGACCUUGAUGGAAGCCGUAUAGUUGUUGAAUUUGCCAAGGGGGUGCUUCGUGGCUUUGGUGGGUCUCGUGAUUACCCUGGAAGAAGUCCUGCUCCUGGAGCAGGGCGCUGCUUCAACUGUGGAAUUGACGGUCACUGGGCUCGUGAUUGCAAAGCUGGGGAUUGGAAGAAUAAGUGUUAUCGCUGUGGUGAUCGAGGCCAUAUCGAAAGAAAUUGUCAAAACAGUCCAAAGAAACUGAGCCGUCGACCUCGCAGUUACUCACGCUCACCUAGUCCUUGCCGUGGAAGAAGCAGAAGCCGCAGUUACAGUAGGGGACGUAGCAACAGUAGAUCGAGAACACCUGUGAAGAGAGAACGAGGUUUCGAGCGCGAUGAUAGAAGAUCGAGGAGUCCUAAGUCCCACAGGAGUUCUCCUUUGCCACCCAGAGGCCGGAAGCAUAGUCCAACUCUCGACGAAAGAAGCCCACAAGAGGGAGGUAGUCCUUCCCCGAGAGAUCGGAGGCACACCAAUGGCUCCGAGUACAGCCCCAGGGAAAGGAGCCAAAGCCCAGAUCAUGAAGCUGAUGCUGAGGACAGGGCUUAUAGGAGUUCUACAAAAGAAAACGGCCAGAGUUGUAGCCCGAGCCCAGUCCCAAGGGAGGAUCGGAGCCCGAUUUACAAUGAUGAUGAUAAUAGUAAUCGGGCUUCUAGACGCAGUGAAUCAAAUUAAGCGGAGGCGUAGAUUGGUAUGUGUUGAAGUCCUUAGUGAUCAGCCGUGUUUUGCAAUAAGAACUUGGGGGUUUUGUAUGGAUGGAUAUUUUUUCUUUUUUGUUGAAUAGUAAGCACUGUUAAGAUUUAUUAAAAGCCUAUUUUUAUAAA